AUGGAAACUUACUCUGGACAGGGAGAAAUUGAGAAUGAUCUCAGACAAGAUCCACCAUGCCAUUCGCGAGCAUGUGCGAUCCAGAACUGUAUACAGAAGAACAAUUUCAACGAAGAGAAAUGCCGAAAAGAAGUCGAUGCUCUAUAUGCAUGCUGCAACGCCUUCUAUAAAGAGAAAGGAGAUGAUGCAAGAUGCGUGACAUGUCCAAAGCCUGAUCUGCUCAGGAUCAAACUAAAGCAACGCGCAGUAGGAACAUGA